GGGAGACCGGAAACGCGUGGCCGGGGCCGUCCGCCUGCGCCUCGCGGGCUCUCUAAGGCUGGCGGUUUCCGUAGCCAGCCCGGGGCGGGGAAAGCUGAGCGCGUGCCCCACCCGGGGCCGCCUCCUGAGCCGUGUGAGCAGAGGGCGGGGUGCAGGCGGAAUGGCCCUGGUGCCCUAUGAGGAGACCACGGAAUUGGGGUUGCAGAAAUUCCACAAGCCUCUUGCAACCUUUUCCUUUGCAAACCACACGAUCCAGAUCCGGCAGGACUGGAGACACCUGGGAGUCGCAGCGGUGGUUUGGGAUGCGGCCAUCGUACUUUCCACGUAUCUGGAGAUGGGAGCUGUGGAGCUCAGGGGCCGCUCUGCCGUGGAGCUGGGUGCUGGCACGGGGCUGGUGGGCAUAGUGGCUGCCCUGCUGGCUGGAGUCUUGCUCUGUUGCCUAGGCUCUGGAGUGCAAUGGGGCAAUCUGGGCUCACUGCAACCUCCGCCUCUUGGGUUCAAGCGAUUUUCCUGCCUCAGCCUUGAUGGGGUUUCACCAGAUUGGUCAGGCUGGUCUCAAACUCGACCUCAGGUGAUCCAACUGCCUCGGCCUCCCAAAAUGCUCACCUGGCCCAGCUUGAGGACUUAAUUGUUAGCUCUUUCUGCUUUAAAAUCAUGUCACACCUUUAUUUCUACAACCAGAGAAGGGUUAAAAAUUUAAUAAUGCUAGACAAGAUGGCAUAUUGAAAACUUGUUUCAUUGCUGAGAACAGUUGUUUCUGAGGAUGAGAUGAGAAAACAGUGUUAACAGACGAUAAAAGAAAAACCUACCUACUUCACAACCUUAUGUAAGUCUGUUUGUGCCACUUCUAAUUUUUCUUCUGGAAAAAAUGCAUAGACUGUAAAGUUUGACACAAAAAUACUAAUCAACAUUAAGUUGAUAAAAAUUGUUUAGUUGAUACCUAAUAAUCAUUAGGAAACAAUCUCUAAAUAUGAAGAAAACCGUAACUCAGAAACAACUUUUACUUCUCAGUAUCCUGGAGAUAUAAUAAGGUGUGCAGACCUAUACCAACCUGUUUAUAUCUGUAACAGUCAAAAGUUUCAAACAACCAAAAUGUCCCCAACAGAGGGUACUGGUUAAACUGUGUCUGUACAAUGGCAGCAGUUUAUAAACCACUGUUUGUAGCUACCUUUUGUGUAAAAAUGGGAGAGGGAGAACAUACAUUAUAUUUGUAUAUAUAUGUACAGAUUGUCACUAAAAACAACAUAGAAAACUGAUUUUUAACACUGCCCUUUUGCAUGAUUUUUGUUUUUACAAGUGUACAUAUUACAUAAAGUAAGUUUGAAAAUGAGGACAUUAUCAAGAAAGCAAAAACUUACAGGAGGAAAUAUAAGGGCCUAGUAGCCAGAACAUACAAGGAACUCAGAAUCCAACAACAAAAAUUCAGUGAGCAAAGGACUUGAACAGACAUUUCUUGAAAGAUAUGCAGGUGGCCAAACGAAAAGAUGCUCCAUAUUGGUAAUCAGGGAAAUGCAAAUGAAAACCUCAACGAGAGGCCACACCCACAUGAGGAUGGUGGUAAUUUUUUAAACGGCAAAAUAAGUGUUAGUGAAGGUGUGGGGAAACUGGAACCCUCAUAUCAAUGGUGGAAGGCAAAAUGGUACAGCUGCUGAGGGAAAGUUGGACAGUUCUCAAAAAGUUAAAUGUACAAUUUCAGUAUGACCCAGCAACUCCACUCAGGCUUACAACCCAAAUAACUGAAAGCAGGGACUCAAAUACUUGUACAGGAAUGUUCAUAACAGCACUAUGAACAUUAGCCAAACUGUAGAAACAACUCAACUGGAUGAAUGGAUAAACUUGCGGUGUAUACUUACAAGGGAAUAUUAUUACUUAGCUAUAAAGAGGAAUGAAGUACUGAUAACAAGCUACAAUGGAUGAACCUCAACAAGAUGUUAAAGAAGCUAGACCAAAAAAGUAAUACACAUAUUGUAUGAUUCUCACAUGAAAUAUCCAGAUGUAAAUCUACAGAAAGCAGCAGCAGAUUGAUGGUUGCCAGGGAACACGGGGGAGAAAACGGAGAGUAACUGCCUGAGUAUAGGGCUGUAUGUUGGAGUGAUGAGAAUGUUUUGGAACUAGAUAGAAGUGGUGGUGGUUCACUGUUGUGGAUGUACUCUACUUAACUGUUCACUUAAAAAGUUAAUUUUGUUAUGUGAAUUGCAUCUUAAUUAAGGUAGUGCUUUUCUGGGUUUGCCCUAAACAAUUUAACGGAUGGAUAGCAGCACCACUUAUGAGAUGCAAAAACUAGCUGAAGGAAGAUUUGGGGGAAAACUUGAGUUUUGUCUUGCGCCUGUGUGUAAAUGACAUGUAUGUCUAGAAUUCAGUGAAGUGAGCACUAAAACUAAAAAUCCAUCAGAAUUUUAUCUUUGGGUGUGACUUCUCAAGGAUGGUCUUGUCACUUCAGUGCCUGGUCAAAUGACAAUGAAGAGAAGAUGGGCAAUCUUUUCCGGAAGAUCCAAGCAUGUGAAUGUGACAGGGUGACCUAAAUUUCUGAUUUGCUGAGAACAAUCCUGGUUCAUGCCUAUUGCCCCCCUUGUAAUUAAUGUCACUCUCAAAAGUGUCUCAUUUUAUGCAGUGAAUUAUGUAAUCAUCUUUGUAGGAAUGAAAUUCAUUAUUCUAACACAAUGGUAGGCAUAGCGGGCUUGAACACAUCUUGGCAGUAAAGAAAAAACAUAUAAAUAAUGCAGCUGCUUAUUUUCAGCUGUCUCAGAACUUAUUUCAGAAUAGUAAUUUUUAUUCUUAUAUCUUAAGCAAAGAUUAACCACCUCCCCUCCCGAUUCCUUCCAAUUUUUAUGAUCACAGAGUUUUAGAAUUGCAAGGGGACCUGAGAAGGUAUAUAUAUUCUUAUUGUCCUUUCAGUGAACAUGUGUGUUUUAUGACAUCAGAGACAGCUGGUCAUAUGAUGUCUCCAUUAGUCAUCUGGACAGUAACAUCCCCAAAUCCACAAACAGGCACUCGUUCAAUCUUACUGAAAAACAGGUCUUGUCCUGAAAAUUAGGGACGCAGUAACUGAAGAUAUGUUCAUCUUGUCUGAAUUACAGUUUUGUUGCCUUCAAACACAAGCUUGUGAUAUAUUUUAACUUUUGCUUAUUUAACAAAAUUAAUAAACCCAAGUCCAAUAAAACAUGGCUUGACACUACUAGCAAGAAAUCCCAACAAAAUAGAGAUCCCAUCCCCAAAAAAGACACUUGCAGAGUUUUGAAAAGCAUGUUUAUGUGGCUGCACGUAAAUGUUUGUGUAAAAAGAGCAUUAUGACAGUUGAUACCACAAAGAUUACAGUAAGAAAAAGCACUUUAUGACAAUAUUUCACAAAUUCACAAGGAUCACUUUAAUAUACAAAGCAACUGCUACCAUUCUGAACACAAAGCAGCUAUUAUGUACAUAGUGUUAAUAAAAUGCAUUGUAACUCAGUACAUUUUUUUCUUUACACAUAAAGCACAAAAAGAUUUAGGUAAAAAAAUUAAAACAGGGAUGUUUCUAGAAUGUAGGGAAUUUUAUUAGAAAUGUAUUUCCCUCAUUAUGGUUAUUUAUUUAGUAUUCAACUCCAAUAUAAACAUCAGAGUUAAAAAUCAAUACCCUGUUUUGUGCUGACAGUUUUGGGGGAAAUAUUCUUUACCCCAAUCCU